UCAGGUUUCACCCCCGCAUGACUCAGCGAGUCACGAGGCGGAUCGGCUUAUCGGGCGGAGACUCCUCAUCCGGCGUCAUCGUUUCCAAGGUUCCCCUUCUUCCCCAACCUCUCCUCUUCAUCCCAUCCUCCGAUUGCAGGCCCUGUCUUGCAUCGAUUCUUCAUUUGAUCUCUUAGUUACUUGGGUGGCUUAUUCUUGCCUCCCAGGUACCCGCUUUCCAUUAACAACCCAUUAUCACCAUCUUGAGGUGACAUCUCUGUAAACACCAUUCAUCAUGAGAGUUCUGCCCGCCGCGCUGCUGGUGGGAGCUGCUUCGGCAGCGGCCCCUCCCUUGCAACAGGUGAUGGGCACCCACCGCCAGCAGGUUGAGGACUGGGCCCAGCAAGGCUCCAGCGCCAUCGAGGAUUGGGCCAAGAAGGGCUCUGAUGCCAUCUCGAAGCCAUUCCAGAAGCUCAAGGAGGACUUUAGUACUCUGUCGGACGAGGCACGUGGGCUGUGGGAAGAGGUCGCUCACCAAUUCCCCAACACCAUGGACCACGCCCCCAUGCUCUCUCUCCCGAAGAAGCACACCCGCCGUCCUGACUCCCACUGGGAUCAUGUCGUCCGUGGCAAGGAUGUGCAGAACAUCUGGGUCUCCGGUUCUGACGGCACCAAGGAGCGCGAGAUUGGCGGUAGGCUCGAGGCUUACGACCUCCGCGUCAAGAAGGUGGAUCCCAGCGCUCUCGGUGUGGAUCCCAACGUCAAGCAGUACAGUGGUUACCUUGACGACAAUGAUAACGAUAAGCAUCUGUUCUACUGGUUCUUCGAAUCCCGUAAUGACCCCGAGAACGACCCCGUCGUCCUCUGGCUGAACGGUGGUCCCGGCUGCUCAUCUUUGACCGGUCUCUUCCUGGAGCUUGGCCCUAGCUCUGUGAACAGCAAGAUUAAGCUUGUCCACAACGACUACUCCUGGAACUCCAAUGCUUCCGUGAUCUUCCUGGACCAGCCCGUCAAUGUUGGCUACUCCUACAGCGGCAGCAGUGUCAGUGACACCGUCGCUGCUGGCAAGGACGUCUAUGCUCUGCUAUCCUUGUUCUUCAAGCAGUUCCCCGAGUACGCCAAGCAAGACUUCCACAUCGCUGGCGAGUCCUACGCUGGUCACUACAUCCCCGUCUUCGCUUCUGAGAUCCUUUCUCACAAGAACCGCAACAUCAACCUGAAGUCUGUGCUUAUCGGUAACGGUCUGACCGAUGGCCUGACACAGUACGAGUACUACCGGCCCAUGGCUUGCGGCGAAGGUGGUUACCCGGCUGUCCUCGACGAGGCUUCCUGCCAGUCUAUGGACAACGCUCUUCCCCGCUGUCUGUCCAUGAUCCAGGCCUGCUACGAUAGCGAGAGCUCCUGGGUCUGCGUCCCAGCCUCUAUCUACUGCAACAACGCCCUGCUUGCCCCUUACCAGCGCACCGGCCAGAACGUCUAUGAUGUCCGCGGCAAGUGCGAGGACUCCUCUAACCUAUGCUACAAGGGCAUGGGCUACGUGUCCGAGUACCUCAACCAGGAGAGCGUGCGUGAGGCUCUCGGUGCCGAAGUUGACGGCUAUGACUCGUGCAACUUUGACAUUAACCGCAACUUCCUCUUCCACGGUGACUGGAUGAAGCCCUACCACCGCCUGGUGCCCGGUCUUCUUGAGCAGAUCCCCGUGCUCAUCUACGCCGGUGAUGCUGACUUCAUCUGCAACUGGCUCGGCAACAAGGCCUGGUCCGAGGCUCUUGAGUGGCCCGGCCAGCAGAAGUUUGCCAAGAAGGAGCUGGAGGACCUUGUCAUCGAGCAGAAUGAGCACGUUGGCAAGAAGAUUGGCCAGGUCAAGUCUCACGGCAACUUCACCUUCAUGCGCCUGUACGGCGGUGGCCACAUGGUCCCCAUGGACCAGCCCGAGUCCAGCUUGGAGUUCUUCAACCGCUGGCUCGGUGGUGAGUGGUUCUGAACGUCUGUCAUUUUAUCGCCAUGAUAUUUUGCAUCGUCACUUCCACCCUGAUCGAACCAAUUCUGUGAUUGAUCGCUCGGUUCUGAGUUGCAUGGUUCCAUUCGCAACGCUGCUGGCGCAAGAUUAAACUCGAGUGGCAUUUUGCUUGUCCUUUAGAUUGAGAGUGGCUCAUGUCGAUCAGUAGUAUAUACACGCAAUGUCAAUUUAAAUGGAAUUUUGUUUACAUAAU